UCUGCACGCCAGGCGCACGAGCAGAUGUGGUGAAUUUGUGCUACCUGCUUAAAGGCGCCACCGGGCGAAUUUCUGCUAGCAGCCCGGCUCGGUUACACUUUUUUUCUAAGUUUAAAAAAAAAAAAGCCCACGAACGAGUUGGCCGUGGAUGUAGAAAGUAGAGGAUUUAAGAAAAACAGAGGCAAAUCAGGGAUCGGAUUAGAUGCGCCCGCGGGUAAUCAGCGCGCGUUUGUUGUUCAAGAAGCGGAACCAACAACAACAACAACAACAACAGAGGACCCAGCAAAUGGGCUUUCAGCAUCGGAAUGUCUGCAUGCCCUGGGAGCAGCGUGUCUUAGCUCGGCACGCGCGUAAAAAUGGUCCAACUUGGAAUGACAUGCAAACAUUGUGAACUUUUUUAAGUGUUGGAACUACCUCUGGGCUAAUGCAUCAACUUGCUUGUAGCUCUCUCGGCGCCACUAAGGGAUUUAAAUUGGAUCCGAGUCAUCAUGUCAAAAGUCAUCCAAAAGAAGAACCACUGGAUCACCAAAGUGAACGAGUGCGCAAUUGUACGGGACGCGUGCGGCGAGCUGAACGUGGACCUGCGAGGUGGGGCUGAACAUGGACAGUUUGCUUACAUAGGACAUGUCCGAGAGGAUGCUGUCCUUUACCAAGGCGGUAAACUCAACGAGGGGGAGCUCAUACUUGAGGUUGAGAGGCUGCCUGUGUCCGGAUUACCCCUCUAUGACAUUUUAACCGUGAUCACAUGCACUAAAGGUCCCAUCACUUUGAGGACCGUGCGUCAAGGUAACAAGCUCAACAAAGAGCUGAAGCACUACCUGAGUCUGAGGUUCCAAAAGGCUUCCCCUGACCAUGAGCUGCAGAAGACCAUCCGGGCCAAUCUGUAUCGCCAUGCUGUGCCUUGUACCACACGCGCCCCACGAGACGGAGAGGUGCAAGGGGUGGAUUACAACUUUCUAUCAGUGGAGGACUUCCUAGAACUUGAAGAGAGUGGCACACUGCUCGAAAUUGGAACGUAUGAGGGUAACUAUUAUGGGACCCCCAAGCCGCCAAGGCAGCCCAUCAUUGGGACAGUGAUUCUCGGAGAUGCAGGCUCCCAGCAGUCUACUCCGAAGCGCACCAAGUCCUACAAUGACAUGCAAAGCGUCCGAGUAGUGCCUGCUGACGAUGACGAUGACUACCGGGCCUCGGAAAUGAACAACACUUUCACAGGAUCCUUAGUGCGUAGCCUCUUCCCCUCUCCUUUAUUGUGCACAGGUAACUCUAGCGACCAGGAUGAGAGCCGCGGUGGCAUCCUCCGGCCGUACCCCGCACGUGACAACGCUCCUUCCUGUGGUCUGAACAAUGCGGCCAUCUCCACAGCGGACAGCGGGCAGCAGACACUGGCAGAGCCGCAGGUCUCCCCGGAAGAUGCACUGGGGCCGCUGCCAGACAACUGGGAGAUGGCAUACACUGAGAAUGGAGAACUUUACUUCAUAGACCAUAACACAAAGACCACAUCAUGGUUGGAUCCCCGGUGUCGAGACAAAACCUCCAGGAGUCUGGAAGAGUGUGGUGAUGAUGAUGAAGAGGGGAUACAUACGGAGGACCUGGAGAGUGAUCUAGAGCUGCCGCCAGGAUGGGAGAGGAUUGAUGACCCAGUGUACGGAAUUUAUUAUGUCGAUCAUAUAAACAGGAAGACCCAGUACGAGAACCCAGUGGUGGAGGCGCGGCGUCGAAAAGUCCUGCAGGAGCAGCAGCAGCAGCCGCAACCUCCAGAAGGUGAGCGGUACAUUCGAGAGUGGAUAGAGGAGCACUCCUCAGCUGCAGCGCCACUGGUAAACUACAUUCCAAACCACCUUGAGACCUACAGGGACCCUCAAGUCCAGCCAAAUCUACCUCCGGUCCCAACAGGAGCAAAACGGGGGAAGCCGUUUUUCACCAGAAACCCUGCAGAGCUGAAAGGAACAUUCAUCAACACCAAGCUGAAGAAGAGCCGUCGUGGAUUUGGCUUCACUGUGGUCGGAGGAGAUGAGCCAGAUGAGUUUCUCCAGAUCAAGAGUCUGGUGUUAGACGGACCUGCAGCCAUGGAUGGCAAGAUGGAGACAGGUGAUGUCAUCGUCAGUGUGAAUGAUACCAUUGUGCUGGGUUACACCCACGCUCAGGUGGUGAAGAUUUUCCAAUCCAUCCCCAUUGGCUCCAUGGUGGACUUGGCCUUAUGCCGUGGCUACCCACUUCCCUUUGACCCCGAUGACCCCAACACCAGUCUGGUCACCUCGGUGGCCAUCUUAGACAAGGAGCCUAUUAUUGUCAAUGGACAGGAAACCUUUGACUCACCUUCCAACCCAAGCGGUCCGCUCAACGGCCAGAGAGAGUUGCGGGCGCACAGCCCGUCCACUGAAGCUUUGUCCAACAGCCUGCACGGCUACACCAGCGACGUGGUCACCCUGGCAUCGUCUAUAGCCACCCAGCCCGAGCUCAUCACUAUCCACAUGGAGAAGGGAGACAAAGGGUUUGGGUUCACCAUCGCAGACAGCCUGACAGGAGGCGGGCAGCGGGUCAAACAGAUCGUGGACUACCCACGCUGUCGUGGCCUCAAGGAGGGGGACAUUCUGAUGGAGGUUAACAAAAGAAAUGUCCAGAACAUGAGCCACAACCAGGUGGUUGACCUGUUGAGCAAGUGCCCCCGAGGAAGUGAAGUCACAAUGCUGGUGCAAAGAGGAGUGGUGCCAGCCAAGAGGAGUCCAAAGCUGGUGCAUCAGUUAGAGAGGAAGGACAGCCAGAGCAGCUCCCAGCACAGCGUGUGCAGCCAUCGCAGUGCCCACACGGACUCUCCUAGCCACCCGUCCUCUGCUAUGCCCAGUGACGCUGUGGUGCCCACUCCUGCUGCCCCCACCCAGCCACUGCCUGGCUUGCCCCCUCAGGACCCUGGAGAUGGCACCCUAACCCUCCAGAAGAAGCCAGACCCCUUUAAGAUCUGGGCACAGUCAAGGAGCAUGUACGAGAGCAGACUGCCAGAUUGCCAGGAGCAGGACAUUUUCCUUUGGCGAAAGGAUACAGGCUUUGGUUUCCGUAUCCUUGGCGGAAAUGAGCCCGGGGAGCCUAUCUACAUCGGUCACAUAGUGAAGUAUGGCGCAGCAGAUGAGGAUGGACGUCUGCGGUCGGGUGACGAGCUAAUCUGUGUGGACGGCACGGCGGUGGUGGGCAAGUCACACCAGUUGGUGGUGCAGCUGAUGCAGCAGGCUGCCAAACAGGGCCAUGUCAACCUCACAGUCAGACGGAAGACACCUGGAUACCCAGUGUCAAAAGGGGACGGUGAUGUUCCGCCAUCGCCAGCCUCCUCCCACCAUAGCAGCACCCAGGCACCCAGCCUGACGGAAGGCAAACGGACCCCACAAGGAAGCCAGAACUCUCUCAACACAGUCAGCUCGGGCAGCGGGUCUACCAGCGGCAUCGGGAGUGGCGGAGGAGGCGGCAGCGGGAGUGCCGUGGUACCCGCCUCUCUGCAGCCGUAUGAUGUAGAGAUCCAACGUGGAGAAAAUGAGGGUUUUGGUUUUGUCAUUGUGUCCUCUGUUUCCAGGCCUGAUGCUGGCACCACCUUUGCUGGAAAUGCCUGUGUGGCCAUGCCCCACAAAAUAGGGCGCAUCAUCGAGGGCAGCCCGGCAGAUCGCUGCAGCAAGCUGAAAGUUGGCGAUCGAAUAUUGGCCGUCAAUAGCUGCUCCAUCACCAACAAGUCACACUCGGACAUCGUCAACCUGAUCAAGGAAGCUGGAAACACGGUCUCGCUCAGGAUCAUCCCCGGUGAUGAGUCUUCCAAUGCUUCUCUGUUGACCAAUGCUGAGAAGAUCGCUACUAUCACCACCACGCACGCUCCUCAACAGUCCAAAGAGUCUCGGAAUAAUUCCAAGUCGAAAGGAGUUCCUCCUCCUCCACCAACACAAACAUCACAGGACAAUGAGUUCUACUCAGUGGACCUUGAACGUGACAGCAAAGGUUUUGGUUUUAGCCUGAGAGGAGGGCGGGAGUACAACAUGGACCUUUAUGUGUUGAGACUAGCAGAGGACGGAGCUGCUGUCAGGAAUGGCAAGAUGAGGGUGGGAGACGAAAUCUUGGAGAUUAAUGGCGAGAGCACAAAGAACAUGAAGCAUUCACGUGCGAUUGAACUGAUCAAAAACGGAGGGCGGUGGGCACGGCUUGUCCUGAAACGUGGGGAUGGAUCUGUACCAGAGUAUGACGGCAGCAAUGACGGGUACCCUCCCACACUCGGGGCACAAAACACUUCGGAAGUGAGAACGCUGCCACCAAACAGCCGAUAUCACACCUCAUCGGAGUCCAGUUAUCCACCAGACCGUCACACACCAUCACGCCAAGAGGAGGCUGGGCAUGGCCGAGACAGGAACAGGCACAGGGUUGGGUCAGAUCAGAUGGACUACCAAGGCCAAAAAUAUAACCCUCACCUUCACCACACCUGGAAUAACAAUCACAGUCAUCGUAACCCCAGACAACCGUCUCCAAACAACAGCAACGGUAGCAGUGGCAACAAGAAAAUACGAGGGCGCAAAGUCAAAAAGUCUGAGUCUGAAAGUGGCAUAGCCAAGCUCCUAAAGACUCUGAGGAAGGACAACUCGGGGAAGAAGGCUGCAGCAGCACAGAAACUCAGGGGCCAAGGACUCUCAAGCAGCAGCUCUACUUUGGACGGGAGGUUUCACAUACAGCGCCGCGGCUCCCUCGAUCACUCGCCAACACGAAAGCGCACCUCCUCCCCGGACCGCAGAAGGGCCAAGUCGAUGGAUCGCAGGGUGGAGCGAACGCAACGGGAUCGUACGCCUGAGAGGGAGUAUGACGACGGAGGGUUCCUCUCCAUCACCCCUGAGCGCAAGUUCCAUGAGCGAAGGAUCCUCAAAGACCCGCAGAUAAGCGGGCGAGUCAGGGAAGCCGCCACGCCUGAGCACUCCAGCAACAACGGUGGAGAUUCUUUGUCUCUUUCCAGGAGCGGCACGUACGAUAGAGCCACCAAGAACGCCAACCUGUUGCGAGACUCUUCCUCAGAGCAAUAUCGGCUGAACGGGACACCAGAGAGACGGAACAGAGUGGAGCGGGACUCUUCCCCUGACAGCAACUACAGCCGAGAUGAGGAGAACUAUGCAGCAGCACCCAGACUAAAAGACUACUAUAGCAUGAUGAAGAACAAUGCUGUAUACAAAAACACAGGCCACAACAAUAACACAGUUUGCCAAAGCCCAAACCAGCUCCCUGAGCCCAAGAGAAAGCUGUAUAAAGAAAGCCCCAAAGACCUCAGCAUCUAGAGCGGAGUAGACUCUCCCCUAUACAGUAUGUUUACCAUACACUGGAAUUGGACGAAUGAAGACCCUAAUGGUUUAUUGAUUGACUUAACUUCUUGUGGUCCCAUCCAGAGAUUCCUAAAACAGCAGGAGUACAAUCCCAUCAGCUCACACUGGUUGUUUUGUCAUUGUUAUGUUGCUCAUAACAGGUUGUUGUACUGUAUUAGAAGUAUUUUGUGCCUGCGUAUGAAAUCGAUGAUUUUGCGUUUUGUCUGCAUUGCUGAAUCUAAAUGUUUUGUUUCCUCCCACAUACAGUAUGAGACAUGCUUCCAGUUGUGCUUUUUUCCAACCUCUUUUACUUUAGUGAACAAAUGAUAGCACAAUUCACCAAUGGCUUACAAGAACUGUGAAAAUCACAUUGGGCAAUGUUCAAAAUCGUAGAACUGGAGCUAAAAUAGAGUGCUGAUUUUAUAAAUAAUUUAUUUCUUUCAUGCGUCUGAUGGCUGUUUUUAUUUAAUUUGGCUCAUAUCUCGAGUGAGUUUGGUUAAUUCCUAAAGAUGUACUGUAGUGUAUGUUGGAACAGCAUGCUUAUUGAAUUGUUACUUUUUUUAAAAUGUGCCCCUUCUAAAAACACCCUAGUUCCCAAACUAAGAAAUCAGACUAGUGAUAUGGGGAGGGGAGGAGGCAUAUGGCGAUAUAUCAUAAACAAUGAGUUUAUGAUAUAUAAAGUUUGAAGCUUCCACAAAUUAUAUCUCAGCCACAAGCAAAUAUGAAUGAAUGGAUUAAAGAGGAACAAAGAUGCAUGCAUGAAUUAAAGUUGAGCUUUACCACUUUUUCCACUAAGAUCGUAUUGUUAGUAUUAACCAAUAGACAUUAGGCACUUUGACCGCACAGUACAUGUCGGUGCUGCCCUUGGCCACCACCUCCUACCUAACUCCUCACACAAGCGGCUGACAUGCUUCAUUAGUGACGUUCAGCGAAUCUGCAACGUAUUCUAACAAAAAAUAAAUCAUUAGAAGAAAAACAGAACCUGUUUUUAGUUGCAAACUAAAUGUUCUAGCAACAUGAGUUGGCCAGCACGAGCUGUAAUGCGAGUCCCCAAAACACCCACAAACAUGUCAGACACUACAUAUAAUUUGCCAAUACUUCAAAGCAACCGUUAUUAUUUCAAUAAAAUUCCUAAAUAUAAUCACAACCCCCUUUCAAAGGAGAAUACAUUAGUUGCUUUUGCAUUUACACUUUGUGUGUGGGAGUCUACACGUUUCUUGUGAUAAGACUCCUAGUACACGAGAUGACAAAUCUGCCAUGCUGAGCCACGUUGUCACCCCACUGGAAUCUAACUGCUGAUUUUUAACAUGUUUUGUGUGCGUUUGUUUUUGUUUCACAACACUACUGUUGUACUGAUAGGCGUGCUUGCAUGUAACACAGGUUUAUCUUUGAGACAAAGAUGAGAUUAAAUUCAAAUUCACUCUGUCUCAAAAGGCAAGUCAGCAAAAAUGAAUCCAAAUUUAAUCUUGAGAAUGGAGAGCUCUUGGUUUGUUCACCCCACUUGUGAGGCAACUUGGAGAAAACCUCGAGAACACUGAAAAUACGUGGCCAACAUUAGACAUAUCUACUCUUGGCCAUGCGUGACCUUCAAGGGGCCUGUUGUCAGCUGGUGUCGCAUCUGCCGAUCUCGCAAUGGUUUUUACCACCUUUCCAACAGCAACCUUGCAGAAGAUUAGAAUGCAGCGUGGGCGGUUGAUUCACUAACUUUUGACAAGACAAGGCAGCCUCUCAUGUUGUCAUCUUGAGUUGAACUUGGUUACAUGUUAGCAAAGCUCGAUUAUAUGUGAAUAUAUUUUUCGGCUAAAGCAUGUCUAUAUUCUUCAAUACAUGACCACUGUUGUCCACCAUGGUACUACAAAAUGAGAGAAAAAAAAUAAUACAUUUUUGAUGUUCACCUCUUGGCCAUCUCCUGUAAAGAUUUUUCCUAUAUGAUUAUUAGGAACCUGUGGAGGAAUAAAAAUGUUGCCUUUUUCAUGUACAAAAGAGAAAUUUAUGAUCAACCUCAGCAGUGAGGAAUGUGGUGUUGUGUUUUUAUCUCUGAAUGGACCUCAUGAUUUAUGGGAACUAUGUUGAUUUUCUCUGGAUCAGGUACAGUAUGUAAAGACCUUUUCGAAUGAAAGACAUUGUGUGAUCAGAAGAUGUUUGUCCGUUUGAAUCACUCGAUGGUUAGCCUGCCUUUGUAUUAUAAAGCACUUGUAUGCAGUCUGUGUUCUUUAAGCAUUAUUUCUUGCAAUGUGCUCCGGACUGUGUAUGUGUUGAUAAGAGCAGUACAUGUAUAUGGGCCAUUUCUUUUCUUUUCU